UUAUGACCACUCAGUGUGCAUAUCCCUUUAUCUUUCCCUCCAAAGUCCAACCUUUUCCCACCUCAACUAAAAUGACAAUGCUCAUCUUCUAUGUCUGAGAUGGGGCAUCCGGCCAAAGCAUCAACUGUUGAGUUGCAGAAGGAAUAGAAAUAUAAGCCCUGAUUCCCAUCAACAUACCCUCGACAGCUUUCCUUUGGUAGCUCUCGAUAGCUAGUCUGGGACAAGCACGCAUGCGCACUCGUUACAACGUCGUGUAAUGUAGGUAUCUUUCAGAAACUUAAUUCCCCAUCCUAACAAAACACAUGGCUCAUUUGCUAGCAAAUCACAAUAAUAUUCUGAGAAGAUUGCAUUCAGAACCUUCCAAUGUUUUUAAAUGUCGUAAACAAGGUAGGAGGACUAGUUUGAUGGAUUUUGGUAGAAGUUGGAGAAAUGCAAUUCCAAGUUGGGAAAAAAGUGAGCAGCCAUUGCUAUAUUUGGCGAAAGCUAGAGCUUUUGCAGUGCAUUGUUCAACCUCAUCAGCUGAUCAGGAAGUGGGUUUGGUUGGAAAUGGGAAUUCUGCAAUUAACGCAGAGGGAAAGAGUAGAUAUUUGGUAGAUGAGUAUGGAUGGAAGGUGAGAAGGUUGGUUGUGAAGGCAGAUGAGAUGAAAAAGGCAGCUCAAGUUCAAGCUGAAGCAUUCCACGAGCCUGUAGCUCUUUUCAAUGACUUCUUCUUCGAGUUCUUUCAGGCUGAAGUGCUUUCUGGACUUCUAUACAAACUUAGGAACUCACCUCCUAACAGAUACGCUUGUUUGGUCACUGAGCCUAACAUCAAUGCUUCUGAUGCACAAAAGCAACUUGUGGGCGUUGUAGAUGUUACAGUGUUGAGAGAUAAAGCUGUGCUUGAGCAUCUUCCAGCUGGAGCAGAAGAGUAUCUUUAUGUGUCUGGGAUUGCUGUCUUGAAAGAAUUCAGGAGGCAGAAAAUCGCAACGGUGUUGCUAAAAGCCUGCGACAUGCUCUCCACUCUGUGGGGUUUCGAGUAUCUUGCCCUCCGAGCUUAUGAAGAUGAUUUAGGUGCACGAAAAUUGUAUGCAAGUGCAGGCUAUCAAGUUGUCUCUGGUUAUCCGCCUUGGAUGACUACGUGGAUUGGAAGAAAACGACGUGUUCUUAUGAUCAAAACAUCAGGAAAUCUACAUGCAUAGCUUGGUUUCUAAUUUUGUUAAAUUCCAUCUCUGUGGAUAUGCCUGCGCGCAGGUCUAAGUGCAUGCAGUUGCAAAAAUGCGUAUGUUGGACAUUAAGUGAAUAUAUAUAUCUAAAACAUGAGUUUUGAAUUUCGUUA